AAAGGAAGAUUUUAUAGCUGAAGUAGCUGAAUUUCUGCACACACCAGGACAGAGCCGUGCCUUCUCUUCAAGGAAAGGAAUUAUUUAAGGAGGCAUCUAAUAUGUUUCCUUCUUAACUGCCUCUUUUCUCUGAAAUAGAGCAGAUUCUUCUGUUUUUCUUUUCUGCAGUUGGAGUUUAAAUGGCAAACAGAAUCUACUAUUAGAUUAGAUUACCAGCACUCAGAGAACAAUGCAAAAAGCAGUCCUAGUCUACUAUCUUCUGCUUGUUUAUUUGUUCGUUGCUCUUGCCCAGAAUAAACCCAAUGGAAUGCCCGGAAGAGCAAGGCGAAGAAUAAUCUAUAGAAGACUACGAAAGAUCCCCUUAAGAAAUCACAGUUUAAAUAAGCAGUCACAAAUUAGACCUCCAAUCUCUAGCGUUCCACUAAUGAGCAUCCCACUUACUAAUAUUGAUGGAGAUAUUACUGGAGUGUUUAACUCUCUUACCCAAUUGGAUGGCCAAGAAUCCAAUUAUAAUAUUUUGCCAGGAAAAGAAGGACGAUGCUUUGCUAAUGGAAUGAUUAUGUUUGAUAAAGCUGUGUGGUCUCCUAAACACUGCGUUACAUGCCUCUGUUCAAAAGGAGAGGUGUACUGUGACGAAACCUCAUGCAACCCUUUGACAUGUCCCAAAUCUACAAAACCUGAAGGGGAGUGUUGCCCUGUGUGUCUGGAGAGUGAAUUAAGUACAAUUUCUCAAGGUGACACAGCUGAAGUUUCUGGUGAUUCUCCUGUGCCAACUAAUCCGAGUGAACCAGUCAUGCAGACACAAGAUCCAAUGCAAAAGAAGGAAGGAACACUUGAAAAGAAUAUUCAUAUAAAAAAUAAAAGAAAGAUGAAAAAGAGGAGAAUAAAAAGCCACAAACUAAGAAGAAAACAUGAACAUAUCAAUGAUCAAAGGGAAGAGGAGGUGGAAACCAGAUCAGAGGAAGAAAAAAGAAGAGUUUAUGAAGAAGAGGAGCUAAGACUUGAGAAAGAAAUUAAAAAACAAGAGCAAGAACAAGAAAAGGAGGAAGAGCAAGAGCAAGAGCAAGAAGAAAAUGAACAAGAGAAGGAAGAAAGUGAAGAGGAGGAAGAAGACAUAUUGCGUGGAGAUGUGUUCAGAAUGCCCCCACUUUUCCCAAUUCCUGAGCCUUCUACUGAGAUUCCUCCUUUGCCAACUGGAUGCUCUGUCUUAGAAAAUACAGUAAGCUGUAUUAAUGCCAAACUCACCCAUAUACCCGUAAUCAGAGAUGAAGAGCUUACUAGCAUAGAGCUUGACGGGAAUGACAUCACUGAAAUUCCAGAUGGAGCUUUCAAUGGGAUACCUAAUUUGGAGAGAAUUGAUCUUCGUAAAAAUAAAAUCACAUCAUCUGGCAUUGGUCCACAAGCAUUUAAAAACUUGAAGAAUCUGCAACGUUUAUAUAUGGAUGGAAAUACACUAGUUAGUAUUCCACAUGGUUUGCCACCAUCUUUGGAAGAACUUAAAAUAAAUGAAAAUGAAAUCCAUGUAAUUAAUGAAGAGAGCUUUCAAGGUUUAAAAAAGUUGCUAAUACUGGAAUUAGAGAGCAACAAACUUAGUGAAUCAAAUGUCAGCCCUUUCGCUUUUCAGCCUUUGAAGAGCUUGUCAUAUCUGCGGCUUGGGCGAAAUCAGUUUAGGACUAUUCCACAAGGCCUGCCCCAUUCUAUUGAGGAACUAUACCUUGAUAACAACCAGAUAGAAGAAAUUUCAGAAAUAUGCUUUAAUCAUACCAAAAACCUAAACAUCAUUGUUCUAAGACACAAUAAAUUAGAAGAAAGCAGAAUAGCCCCAUUGGCAUGGAUCAAUCAUGAGAACUUGGAAUCUAUUGAUCUUUCUUACAAUAAGUUGUAUCAGGUUCCUUCCUAUUUGCCGAAGUCAUUAGUACAUCUUGUACUUGUAGGGAACCAAAUUGACAGAAUUCCAGGAUUUGUAUUUGGACAUAUGAAACCAGGGUUGGAAUAUCUCUAUCUUUCAUUUAACAAACUUGAUGAUAAUGGAAUAGAUCUUGUGUCAUUCUAUGGAGCAUACCACUCUCUCAGAGAAAUGUUUUUAGAUCAUAACCAGUUGAAAUCUGUGCCACUUGGAAUUGCAGAACUGAAAACAUUAAAUUUUCUAAGGCUCAACAACAACAAAAUCAGAGCUGUCCAUCCAGAGCGAAUUUGUAGAUCCAGGUUAAAUAAUGAGGAGGAAAAUGAUGACAGUGACGAGGAAGAAGACUAUGAAGAUUCGCAGUUAGAACAUCUUCAUCUUGAACACAACUUUAUUAAUACCAGGAACCUUUCACCAUAUGCUUUUUCAUGUGUACGAUCAUAUUCCAGUGUGAUUCUGAAACCUCAGAAUGUUAAAUAAAAUAUUUUGUAAUACAAAACUAUUUUUAUAUGCAAAUAAUACAGUUACGCUAUUUGUUCUUCGCCUGCAAUUAAUGUCAUAAAAAGCAUCUGAAUAUUACUGUUGCUUAAUAAUAGUAAUAUUAAUGGCAAUGAAGUAUGGAGUAUGAGUAUGAAGUAUGGAAGUAUGUAGUAUGAAUGUCUCCAAGAAAGUGGUAACAUGCUACAGAUAAAAUGCUAUAUUCUAAUAUACAUAUAAUAUAAAUGUUUUAAGGAAGAACAAUAAAGCUGGAAUUUAUUGAA